CGCAUCUAUCGAUUGCCAGGCGACGACAUGGUUCGCUUUCGGUUUCGGGGUUUCGGUCUUUUCGUCUUGAGCGAGCGUCGGGCGGAAGUGAAAGUGGAAGUGAUCAGCGUGCAACUUUCGCCCCUUCAUUCUGAGGGGGCAAAGGGAGGAACGCCAUGGAAGGCGCCUUCUCCUCGCCACGCUUGAUCUCCGGCGACGCCCGCAUACUCACCAGAUCGUCUCCUCCUCCUCCUCCUCCUCGAGGCCUUCUUCCCUCAGUUGCGGCCUUGUCGCCGCUCCUUUCGUCUGCGGGAGCGUCCAUGGCGACUUUAAUGGGCUGAAGAUUAGGGUUCCGUCUUUAAAGCCGCCCGCUUUAUCCCAUAGCGGCCGACCCACGAGAGGCGUCGUUACCAUGGUUAUCCCAUUCUUGAGAGGAAAUGCAUGGGAGCAGCCACCUCCAGAUCUCGCUUCUUACUUAAUUUCUUUACCUUCAAUAUGAAGACGUAGAGAAGCCAAUUUACCUAUACAUAAAUUCCACUGGCACGACAAAGGGUGGAGAGAAAUUGGGUUAUGAGACAGAGGCUUUUGCAAUUUAUGAUGUCAUGAGAUUUAAAAGGUUGCCCGCACAGACUUUGAUGGAGGAAGAUAUGGCUUAAUGCUUUAUGAAAGGUGACGGCUUAUAAUUAGAAGGUGAUGGCUUAAUGCUUAAUGGAGGAAGAUAUGGCUUAAUGCUUCAUGAAAGUUAUGUCAAAUCACCAAUUAUUACGCUAUGUGUUGGCAAUGGCUGGGGAGAAGCUGCACUACUUUUGGCUGCUGGUUCUAAAGGAAACCGUGCUGCUCUACCGUCGUCAUCGACAAUAAUGAUAAAACAGCCAAUUGCAAGAUUUCAAGGUCGUGAUGUUGAUCUUGCAAGAAAAGAAAUAAAAAAUGUGAAGGCCGAACUGGUAGCUAUGUACUCGAAGCACAUAGGAAAAACUCCUGAGCAGAUUGAGGAAGAUAUCAGACGCCCCAAAUAUUUCAGUCCGAGUGAAGCAGUUGAAUAUGGCAUCAUCGAUAAGGUACUGUACAAUGAGAGGGCCUGUGAAGACCGUGGCAUCGUUUCCGACCUUAAAAGAGCUCAGCUUAUAUAGACUGGUGAAUGCAGAUGUUGUGACACCAGGAUUUCAGCUAAAUUUAUGAUGUGAUAAGGACCUUAAAAGAGCUCAGCUUAUAUAGACUGCUGAAUCACAGCUUUUAUGCUUUGGUAUAACUACUUACUAUUGUUCCCUCGGUUGCUUCAUUCUCCGUUUUCAGCUUACAUUUACUAAUGGUUUGCUGAUCAUUUCAUAGUUUAAUGUUGUUGGUAUAAAAGCCAAAGCAUGGUGGCAGUGUGCAGCAAUUACAUGUUAGAAAUUUCGGCUCCCCCAACACAUUGGGAACAAAGAACAAUACUUCAAUGUGGUUCUUAUUUAGUCACGAUCAGACAUGGCUGCCCUAUUUUUGUUUUUGAAACUAUGAACCUGUAUGAUAUAUUUUUGGAGCCAGUGAAAGCUCAUCAUGCACUACUCAAUUUAUGUGUUCUCAAUGCCUUGCAAUAGUUUGUACGACCAAAAUAAAAGAACAAGAAUAGAAUCUCUCUA